AUGCUGGGGAACCUAAUCGGGCGCACGAUUAAACUAGAUUACCAUACCCUAACCCAGCAGAGGGCCAAAUUUGCAAGAUUGGCGGUGGAGGUGGACCUGAGCAAACCUCUGGUCCCAAGAAUUUGGCUCGACGACGAGUGGCAGGCGGUGGAAUACGAAAACAUACCGGCGGCAUGUUUUGAAUGUGGCAAGAUUGGGCAUGUUUCCGCUACUUGCCCUCUCCUUCAACCAACAACGUCCCCGGUGAAGGCGGUGCAGAGCCUGCAAACGUCCCCGGCGGCGGCGGCGGAGGAACAGCCCGGCUUCGGCCCUUGGAUGCUGGUUACGCGUAAAAGUAGGUGGAAUUCCCGCGACUCCACCGUGAAAGGAAAGACGGAGAUUUCGUCCAACGGACAUAUGGGAAAAACAGGGAAGGAAGUGGCCUUGAUCAAGGGCGGAGACAACUUACCUAAUAAGGAUGCCGUCAUUAUCUCCAGGAGCGACAGGAGCGGAGGCCAAGAAAAGAAAGGAAGGAGCGGAAACAAGUCAGGUGGUGAGUCUCGUAAGGGGAAGGAGAAAAUGGGCUCCGAGCCCGUGUUGGAGAAGGGUCUCCUUGGUCCUGGGCCCGCUGUUGAAAUCAGACCCGGGGCUGGGCCUUCAGCAGCACCUAGAAACACUCCAGGCUUCUCUUCGGAUCUUGACAUGGGUUUAUUGGGCCGGGACGAGCUCAAUCCCGAAAGCCCCAAAAAGGACCCGGGCUCCCCUGCUCAGAAGCUGGACUCGUGUCCAGGCUCCUCCCUCCCCCCUUGGUCCACGUGA